GGCUUUGCAAAAUGUACAUAAAUAUUCAACUAAAAAUUUAAAUGUCAACAAAGCACAAAUUUUAAUUAUACGAAAAGCAAUAACUACAACAAGGGAAAUGUGCAUAAAAAAUGCUUGUGAUGGUCUACAAAUAGUAAACAAAAACAAAAAAAGCUGAAAUCUGAAAGCAAACAGAAACACCAAUUACUAAAAAUGGAUAAUAAAAUGUGCAAAUAUAUUAAAAAAUUUACAAACUUUAUUUAUGUAUGUACAUAAGUGCUAGAGGAACGAUGUGAACACAAAAUAAAAUUUACGAAAUAUUUGUGUUGUUAUUAAAUACGCAAGCAAAAACUUUCGUCAUAUUUCCAACAAAUAACUCAAACUAAGCAACCAUGUCGUUAACUGUGAAAAUUGUGCAAUUUCAAUUGCCGAAGGCCAAAUCUAAUUUAAUCGCACGCGUCGAAUUCCGAGGUGUUGCCCAUAUAACAUCAGAACUCAAUGCUGAUUGCAACAUUAUUGAUGUUAAUCAGUCUUUCAUUUGGCCAUUGGCACGGCCGGCCACCGAUGAGGAGCCACUUACAGUCGAGUUGCGUACACAAACCACAAAGACUCUGCUGCGUACUGGACUCAGUCAUGCCUCGGGCGGUCUGAUGGGCGGCGGUGGGAGUAGUGGCAGCGGUGGCAGUAUGAGCGGCAUCAUCAGCAGCAGUAGCAAAUGUGUUGGUCAAUAUAUUGUGUUGAUGCAAGGUUUAAUCAACAGUGGUUACAUACGCAUUGAGGACCAAAUGGUGGACAUAUCGUCGAAUAAACCUAUACAGGUAAUUACAAAAUGA